GACGAUUGCUACAAUAUCAAAAUGGCCGCAUUUUAGCCUACAGUGAUACGACUCUCUUUGCUGUUUGCCAAUAGGCCAAAGCGGAAUUCGUUAAGAAUAAAUAACGUGCGUGUUAAUCAGUGGUAUAGUUUAUCGUCAGUGGUGGAUUAUCAAAUUGAUCGAUUCGUUGAUAGGAGCAUCAGCGAUAAACUUCGGUAUUGAGACAUUUGAAUGAUGUUACGGCAUCAGCAUCACUCGAUGCAAAAUCAGUUGAGGGAUCAGAACAGGAUGGCUGGAGGUACGCGUCAGAUGUCGCAGGCGAAUAUGAUGCCACCGCAUCAACCACCCCCUCACAUGCAUCUGCAUAGGGGUGUUCACGCGCCCCAUCAUCAGCAGAUGAUUUCAAUUGCUGGCCAGCCCAUGCAUCACAUGCAGCAUACCGGCCCGAGGCAGCCACUUCUGAUUGGUACAAACGCACAGAAUCCCAAUGGAUUUUGGCGCGUUUUAACCUUCUCCCUCUUACUGGCUCUUACAAGUGGUGGUGUGGAUGCAAAGUUACAUCGAUCAAUGUUAGAGUUAACCCUCGAUAAUUUGGAUCAGUUGUUCGGACCAACGGGGUGCAUUGAAGGCACCAUGUUAAGCAUCGACGGGAAUAGACAGACCGAUGGUGGUGUAGUACUGCAAGGUCAAACAGUUGUGCAGUAUACCCAUCAAGGAUCCCACCAACAGCCCCCUCAGGAUCAGCCCCAACAAAGUCAGCAUCUUCCCCAAUCCUCCAACCCCGACUCAAAAUCCCCAAACCAGGAAAGCCCUCAUUCUCGGGAUCACAGUCCGUCCAAUAAAAAUCACGUCAAUGCAACCGACACCUUGGCAAACAUGAAAGAGAAGACACCAAUGUGCUUGGUAAAUGAAUUAGCUCGUUUCAACAAAAUUCAACAUCAGUACAGGCUCACAAAUGAACAGGGUCCAGCCCACAAAAAGCGUUUCACCGUGACAUUGAAAUUGGGUGAGGAGGAGUACGUGGCGGAUGGCCCCAGUAUAAAAAAGGCUCAGCACAGUGCCGCAAGGGAGGCAUUGACAAAAACCUGGUACAGACAGCCACCGAUGAAACCACGAGGCAUGAGAAUUCACCAGGGCAAGAGUCCCACAGGUACCGGAAAUUUUACAGGGCAUUUACCCCCAACAGUUGAAUUAAAUGCAUUAGCAAUGAAGAGGGGAGAGGCCACUAUUUACACAUUUAAGCACGCGCCACCAGCAAACCCUCAACCAUUUGUGAGCCACCACUACGGAAACAUUCCUCCUAAUCACCUGCGAAUUUUUAAUCCAUCCUAUCCACAAAUGAACCGCCCAUACCACCCUAAAUCCGAGUGUCUUUUCUCGGUGACAUUGAAAGUUGGGGAGAGAGAAUUCUGUGGAAAAGGGUUGACUGCCCAGGCAGCUAGACACGAUAGUGCCAGUAGAGCACUCGAGCAACUUCGACAGCUGCCACUUCCUGAGGAAGUCUCCACAACUGUCACAGAGAAUGGAACGACAACAGGGGUUGAGGACCCCAAUGCUGAGCUCAAGAGUCCUGUUUCAUUGGUACAUGAGACGGCUUUGAAGAGGGGGCUUUCGGUGGGUUUUGAGGUGGUUUCGGAAAGUGGUAAACCCCACAUUAGGACAUUUACGACAAAAUGUAUUGUUGGGGAGAAAGUGACUCUGGGGGAGGGAUCAUCGAAGAAGGUUUCGAAGAAACGCGCAGCUGAAUUGAUGCUCGACGAACUUAAGAGACUUCCUCCCAUACCUGGCAGUGUUCACAGUAGAGCAAUCAGGUUGAAGAAAAAACCACCGGCCACUAAGAAGAAGUCACGUAAUUUGAUUAAGGAUUAUCAAGAGCCCAGAUCUGAGACGGAAACAUCGGAUGAUGUUAAUCCGAUAUCACGUUUAGUACAAAUACAACAGGCUAAGAGGGAGCGAGAACCAGUUUACACGUUGAUUGAAGAGAAGGGUGUACCGAGGAAACGAGAAUUUCUCAUGGAGGUCUCGAUAGGGCAGCAUUCAGCGCAGGGGAUUGGACCGAAUAAAAAAUUAGGGAAACGUGCCGCUGCUGAAGCACUUUUAGCACAGUUGGGCUACAGUAAACCACAGGCCCAACCAACUAAACCGUCGAUUAAGACCGCGGACAGUGACAAUUCUACUUCUGAGAGUAAACCGAGAAAAGUUACAUUCUUGGACGACGAUCCUAAAUCGCAGGCGCAGGAGGAGCCGCAGAGUCAUGGGGGUUCACUUGGGCGUCAGUUAGUGCCAGGUCUCCUACUAGUAGAUGGCGGACAAGACUCUAAAUUAAAUUCCGGUCCUAGUGUUCAAGCAGUGGCGGAGGAACUCCGAGAACAACAGCAAAGCAGUCCCUCUGGUACUUCUCCAAAGGAGCAAUUGAAAUACCUGGCACAGUUACUCAACUUCGAGGUUGAAUUCAGUGAUUUUCCAAAGAAUUUUCAGGGGGUGUACAAGGAGUAUCUCUCGUUGGUCUCCCUCAGCACUGAUCCACCUCAAGUCUGUCACGGUCAUGGACCAACGACUAGUGCCAGUCGUGACCAGGCUGCGUUAACAGCCCUCUGUACUCUCAGCAAGCUCGGUCUCGAUAGUGUCACCAAUAGCCAGAAUAAGAAGGACAAAACGACGACUAAUGAUAACAUCAGUCAUAUUAAUAAUCAGGCGAAGAAUAAUAUUCUUAAUCAAGCGAUCGAGAAGUAACGAAGCAAAAUGGCUUCCUCAAUGCGCAAAUCCCUUGUGCACUUAAUGGUAUAAAACAAUUCUAUAGGUAUUUCCUUUCACAUUUCUUUUUUUUUUAUGGAGAGUGCGACAAAAUGGUGGACUUCACGCGAGUUAAAAAAUCUUGAUUAGUCGUGAAUACCAUUGCUUCUUUUAUUUUUAUUUUUAUGAUUGAGUGAGGUCGUAUGAAUGAAAGAAAAAUUAGUUGUUCGUGCUAUGUUAUUGGAAAGUUUUCGAAAUAAUAAUAUUUUUCGAAAGAAAUUUUCUUUCAACAACAGAUUUUUUGAGGAGCAAUAGGGGCACAUAAUGUAAAAUUCUGUAAGAAACACGUACGAUAGAGAUUUUCUCACUUGUGCGAUUGAAAAACACCGGUGACUUCUAUCUUACAACUCUCGCACUCGUCAGAAGAUCGUUUUUUUAUUGGUUCGGAAUUUUGAAAAAUUCGUGGCUAUUGCGGAUGUCAUUUGGAAAAGUGGUACAGAGUAUGUUAGUCUUCAUUUUGCCAGUCAGAAUGAAUUUACCAUUAAACGAGGUGCUCAUUUUGACACAUUCUCCUCUUAAUGAAUUUAAAAACCAUCAUUGCUACAAUAAAACUAAGCAGAUAGCGGUGUAAUGGUCGCUUGGAAUUGUGGAUGCGCCUUUUUUAUUUGUUAAUUUUACUCGCAGUAUUAUUGCCCUUGCGGAGAAGCAUUUUUUACUAUACUUCUUUUGAUUAAACACGUUGAGGUUUAUCACUGAUUGUUUUCAAGGAAUUAAUUCUUCUACUCCACUUUCGUUAAUUGCAAAUUGUUGGACAGUUUUGUUAUCAAAUGACUUCCGCCUAGGGUGACACGUCAACGCGUUUGUCUGUUCUCUCUGAUGAUGGAAAAUAUGACAAAAGAAUAAAAAAAAAUUAUUAAUUAGGUGAUUCCACGCUCUUCAUUUAUCAAGCACGAUCAAUGAAGAAGGUUGAUUAGAGGUAUGAGGAUAAUUGGAAGAUUGCGAAAAAAUCUGAGACAAGAUUGCGGUCAUUCUCUAGAUCCUUCAUUGCCUCAAAUUAAAUUGGUAAACGGAAACUGAUAUGUUCUCUCUAUUUUUCAUUUUAUUUUUCCGUCUUUUUUGAUUAAGUUUAGUCUAUUAUUUCUUGUUUUUUUUGGCAAUUAUUGAUAAAAUGAAUGUGAGCCUCGGAAUAGAUAUUUUCGAGUACUCCUCAACGUCAAAUAACUUUGUUUCCAGGAUUGAUCUAAUAAGUCCUGAAUUCUCUUUUUUUUCAGCUUUCAUUCUUGGAGUUGGUAGGGAGUUAUUUUUGUUCAACUCCAAAAUCAUUGUCUCAUGAAUUGAUACCAUUAAAUGUUUUAUGAAAUGGAGAAUACAAAAUAAUAAUUAGAGGUAAUAAUCUACGAUUCACCUUGUCCGUUGCUUUAUGAUUUACCAGCAAAAUUGAACCUGAAUUUUGCCCUAUAACAAUUGUAAAACAACGCCCUGAACCGUAGUCUAUCACCGCAAAUUGAAAAAAAUGAAUGAAUAAACUUUACAUAGAUAAAUGGGGAAUUUAUUGUAACGAUUUAUGAUAAAUGAUAAUGUUAUAAAACACUUUUUUGGAUGACCUCGGAUGCCUCUGUGUCGAGGUAAGGAAAUGAGGGACAGUAAAAUGAUUAUCGUUAGUAUAUCUCAUGGAAAUAUGCGACGAUAUUAUUUGUCUGUUGAUGUAAUCUUUUUUAAUUAUUCAGUUUAUUGUUUUUUAUAAUGCUUCUCCCUUAUUUCCUAACUGCAGCAGAGGAAGAGGGGACGAGUGUUUGUUGAAAAUUACCCGGUGUUAUCCAAAUCAGUCUUAUUAUCAUUCGUAUAAGCCUAAUAAAUUAAAUGGAAAAUAAAAUGAAAAGGAAGAAAAAUAAAAGUUCAGCGCAAAUGGUAGACUUUUGCCGAGAAAUA